AUGAAAAUAAUCUCCUGGAGCAUACGUGGAGCUUUGCAUGAGAAUGGAAAGCUUUUUGUGAAGGAACUUGUCAGGACCAAAAAUCCUGAUAUCAUUUUGCUCUAUGAAACUCGUUGUCAAUCUGCUCGAGUAUCCAGGUUUUGGAAUAGCCUAGGGUUUACUCUGGGAUUCGUGUCUGAAGCUUUCGGUUACAGAGGAGGGAUUUGGGUGUUGAUUCGCUCAAAUGCCACCUUUUCCUAUUGCCUAGUUCAUAGUCAUGGACAAGCAAUCUCCUUUGAGCUGUGGCGGGAUAACCUUUCCUGGGUUUGCACAGCAGUGUAUGAGUCCCCGACUCCAGUUCUGAGAGAGGAACUUUGGGAGCACCUCAGUCUCAUGCGGAAUACUAUUCUGAGCCCGUGGUUGCUCAUUGGAGACAUGAACGAAGUCCUACUUCCCUCUGAAGUGAGAGGUGGUGAUUUCUUUCCGAACCGUGCUGAUAAGUUUGCAGAAGUCUUGACGGCUUGUAACCUGGUAGACCUUGGGCUAGUUGGAGGUAAGUUUACGUGGUUUCGUCACAGAAACCAAAGGAUCAUGCUUUCUAAGCGUUUGGACCGUGGCCUGGGUGAUGUCGACUGGAGACUUGCCUUUCCCGAUGCUUCUGUUGAAGUUUUACAUCGGGCUCAUUCGGACCAUUGUCCACUCUUACUUCAUUGCGGAGGCCAAAAUCACCGUACUAAUGGUCCAAAACCUUUUCGGUUUAUAGCAGCAUGGGCCGAUCAUCCAAUGUAUCAAAGUAUUGUUCAAGGAGCUUGGCAACGUGGGACAAACGACAUCCAGGCCAAGCUAGACCAGAUUCGCAAGGACUCUGAAGUUUUCAACAAAGAAACUUUCGGGGACAUCCUCAGACGCAAGCGUUGGGUGGAGGGACGAUUAAAAAGGGGUCCAAAGAGAUCUAGAUGA